AUGGCUAGUGAGAACGGAGAAAUCACCAUCGUAUGCGACCACUGUGAGAGAGACAUUCCAUCACCAAACAUGGAUCUGCAUCGUGUACAUUGUGCCCGGAAUCUCGAAAAAUGUAACAUCUGUGGCGAUAUGGUUCCCAGAAAACAUACCGAGGAACACUUAUUGAACACACAUGCUCCGGCCGUGGAAUGGAUUCUGAACACAAGAGCAGCACAAGGAGAUGGAAACGGGAGGAGGCGAAGAGAUGUGAACGGUGUUUCUAACAAAAGGCUUUUCUUCACUGUAGUAGUAACGGGAAUAGCUGUCUUAAUGGGAUCUCUCUUCUUCCAGAGGAAGCGUUGA